ACUUGUUUUUCAGUUUCGUUUUGGCUUCCCAGAGCCUCGGGUUGUUUUUUUUCUUUUUCGGAUCCCUCGAUUUUUCGGACCCUUUGGGAUAAAUUUUGAAUGUGAUAGUCGAUUAUUUUCCUAGUGCGCUUUUGACUGUAUGAGAGGACAUAAAAAGCCGAUUGAUUUUCGCUGAGAUUUAUUUCCAAGUGAGAACGAGAAAGGCCGGCCAAGUGCAUAAUAACCGUGCAGACUCAAGCGAAACACGCACGGAACAGGAUAAUGAAGACUCGGGAGUGAAGAGAUAUAAUCCAUUAAACAGUGCGAAAAUAUUGAAAAUAUCUUUUUUUUACCCAAAAAAAUCAGUUAUUCAAUUAAUUUGUCAUAUAUUCCGCGUUAUUAAAAUGAAUUUGAGUGUAAAAGUAACGCCGAAGCAAGAUUGAUGACCAAGGCAGAGGAGAACGCCUGAUCAACAAAAUUCCAUCUCAAGAGCCAAGGAUGUGGUUCUAUCUCAUAGCCGCUCUCUUGCAUUACGUCACGUCAACAGAGAUUAAUUAUGGAAUGACAAAAGAUGAAAUCAAGACCCUGUUUCACGUAGACAACUUGAACAAUGUUCCGGAUUACAGGCUCGUCCACAUCCAGAGGCGGUUCAAGAGAGAUUACAGCCCUUUCAAGAACCUGCGGUUCGAAGCUUUCGGGAAGGAGCACGUCCUGAACUUGCGGAAAACCCGUCUAGCGUCGAGGGACGUGCCACUUUUCGGCGUUGUCGCCAAUUCUUCGGGCCACCUCACAUACGAACGGCUCGACCACGACGAAGAUCUCGGCGACACGUAUCAGGACGUGGAAAACGGCGCUGCACUGCUCCUCCACAAGGACGAAGAUGGAUCUACGUUAUACGAGGGAACGAUUGGACACGAGCUCGUACUAAGACCUUUACCAAAGAGGAUCAGAGAGAAAAUCAGCAACGAUGUGAACAGCGAUGGACUUAAAAGCCACGUCAUCUUCAAAAGGAAAACCGAUCAGAACGGGCCAUUUUCUGAUUACGCGUUAAUGGAACCAGGAGAUAUCCCACUGAGUCCAAUAAGGCGGAAACGUUCGAUUCGCUCGAAGCGCGAGGCGCCCUUCGUCAUAUACCCGGAGAUCCUGGUCAUUGUCGACUACGACGGUUACCGGCUCCACGCCGGUGACAACGUCCAGAUCAAAAGGUACUUCAUCUCGUUCUGGAACGGUGUCGAUCUCAGGUACAAACUACUCAAAGGGCCCAAAGUCAGGAUAUCAAUCGCCGGCAUCAUCAUAUCAAGGGGUCGUGACGCGACGCCCUACCUGGAGAGGAACAGGGUCGGCAGGGACGCGAUUGACAGCGCAGCAGCCCUUACCGACAUGGGAAAGUACCUUUUCAGAGAGAGACGUCUACCCGUCUAUGACAUCGCAGUGGCCAUAACUAAAUUGGACAUGUGUAGAAGGCAGUUUCCGAAUGAGUCGUGCAAUAGAGGAACUGCAGGAUUCGCCUACGUGGGUGGAGCUUGCGUCGUGAACAAAAGACUUGAAAAGGUGAACAGCGUCGCGAUCAUCGAAGACACCGGAGGCUUUUCCGGGAUCAUCGUGGCGGCGCACGAAGUCGGCCAUCUACUCGGCGCUGUACACGAUGGAUCCCCGCCUCCGACCUACCUCGGUGGACCUGGAGCUGAAUCCUGCCGGUGGGAAGACGGCUACAUCAUGUCAGAUCUGAGACACACCGAGAAAGGAUUCAGGUGGUCGCCAUGCAGUAUCUCAAGCUUCCAUCAUUUUUUGAAUGGCGAGACUGCUACGUGUCUAUUUAAUUCCCCUCAUGAGGACGAAUCACUUCCGAGAGUGCUUCCAGGAAAGCUUUUAUCACUGGACGCCCAAUGCAGGAGGGACAGGGGAACAUCCGCCUGCUUUAAAGACGAGAGGGUCUGCGCCCAGCUUUUCUGCUUCGAUUCGGGUUCCGGAUACUGCGUCGCCUACAGGCCCGCCGCUGAAGGAUCUUCGUGCGGUGAUGGACAGACUUGCAAUAACGGGAGGUGCAUACAAGAACACGAGAACAUAAUACCCGACUAUUCCCAGCACACUGUAUCCUAUUUGAGGCGUACCCAGCCCCUGGAGUUCAAUUUGACAUCGAGCUAUUUCACACCAACACAGACGCCAAUGCGUCAAAUCGAGGGCUCCAAACGCCCAGUUGCAAGUGGGAAGACAGAUAGUUCAGGGGGCGAACCUUGUGAGGACACAUCAGAGAUCUGCAGAGCACUAUUUGCUAAAUACUCUGGGAUAUACUGCGGCACGUCCUAUUUCAAAAAGACAUGCUGCAUGUCCUCAAGGAGCUGCUGAAAGUAGCAGAUUAACCAUAAGCACUAAGUGAUCAAUCUGUAUAAAAACUACAAAACAAAAGCAAAAAACGUGAUUCCUCAAAACGUCCUCUGUAUACAUAGGCUGUAUAUAAUAUAUAUAAAGAAAAUAUAUAUAGUAUAAAAUAAAAUAAAAUAUAAACAA